AUGGAUUACCCAAAGAUGGAUUAUUUUCUGGAUGUUGAAUCUGCUCACAGACUGUUCUACAGUCAAGGAGCUCAAGCUCGCCGGGCGACCCUGCUCCUUCCUCCCACAUUAAUGGCGGCAUCUUCGGAGGAUGAUAUAGACCGGCGGCCCAUCAGGAGAGUCCGGUCCAAGAGCGAUACCCCAUAUCUCGCCGAGGCUAGGAUCUCCUUUAACCUAGGGGCAGCUGAGGAAGUGGAGAGACUGGCGGCUAUGCGCUCUGACUCCCUGGUCCCUGGCACCCACACCCCCCCAAUCCGGAGGAGGAGUAAGUUUGCCAACCUGGGAAGGAUUUUCAAGCCAUGGAAAUGGAGAAAGAAGAAAAGUGAGAAGUUCAAGCACACAUCAGCAGCCCUGGAAAGAAAAAUAUCAAUGCGACAAAGCAGAGAGGAGCUUAUAAAACGAGGGGUCUUGAAGGAAAUCUAUGAUAAAGAUGGAGAACUUUCUAUAUCCAGCGAAGAUGGAUCAUUGGAGAACAGUCAGUCCUUGAGCUCCAGCCAACUUUCACUUCCUGCCCUAUCAGAAAUGGAACCAGUCCCGAUGCCCAGAGAUCCCUGCUCUUAUGAGGUGCUCCAACCCUCAGACAUCAUGGAUGGGACAGUGUCUGAAGAAAGCCCCUCAGCCAGUGAGUCCGGAACCCUUCUGUCCCAAGAUCCUUCAGCUAAACCAGUCCUGCUACUUCCCCCCAAAAAAACUGCUGCUUUCUCUGGAGACCAUGAGGAGACCCCAGUGAAACAGUUGCCCCUCCUCAAGCAGCCCCCUGCCCUGCCUCCUAAACCUAUUGCCAGGAUUGCCAACCAUUUAACGGAUCCUGGCGCUCCUGUGAAAUUGCCUUGUUUGCCAGUGAAACUGUCUCCUCCGCUACCUCCAAAGAAAGUCAUGAUUUGCAUGCCUUUAGGAGGGCCCGAACUCUCCCUCGCUUCCUAUGCGGCCCAGAAGAGUGCCCAGCAGACCAUGGCUCAACAUCACCAUACUGUCCUGCCAUCCCAGUUGCAGCACCAGCUUCAGUAUGGCAGCCACAGCCAACACCUUCCCUCUGCCUCCAGCUCACUAACUAUGCAGCCAUCAAGUUGCAGGAUGAUAGACGAAUUGAAUAAAACUCUGGCUAUGACCAUGCAGCGACUGGAAAGUUCUGACCAGCGGGUGCCCUGUUCUUCUUCCUACCACAGUUCUAGCUUGCACGCAGGUGAUGGCAUCACAAAAACAGGACCGAUAGGCCUUCCAGACCUAAGACAAGUGCCAACUGUUGUGAUUGAAUGUGAUGACAAUAAAGAAAAUGUGCCUCAUGAAUCUGAUUAUGAAGACUCCUCUUGCCUGUACACAAGGGAAGAGGAAGAUGAGGAUGAAGAUGAAGAUGAUGACAGCUCAUUAUACACUAGUUCUCUGGCUAUGAAGGUGUGCCGAAAGGAUUCCUUGGCCAUCAAGCUCAGCAAUAGACCUUCCAAGCGAGAACUAGAAGAGAAAAAUAUUUUGCCCAGGCAGACUGAUGAGGAAAGACUGGAACUCAGACAGCAGAUUGGUACCAAGCUUACCAGGCGACUGAGCCAGAGGCCGACUGCUGAGGAGUUGGAGCAAAGAAAUAUUCUGAAACCUCGGAAUGAACAAGAAGAGCAAGAGGAGAAACGAGAAAUCAAAAGGCGGCUAACGCGAAAGCUCAGUCAGAGACCAACUGUUGAAGAGCUCCGUGAAAGGAAGAUUCUCAUUCGCUUCAGUGACUACGUGGAAGUGGCUGAUGCUCAAGAUUAUGACAGGAGAGCAGAUAAGCCCUGGACUCGACUCACUGCUGCAGACAAAGCCGCCAUUCGGAAGGAGCUCAAUGAAUUUAAAAGCACUGAAAUGGAAGUUCAUGAAUUAAGUAGACAUCUAACAAGGUUUCAUCGGCCGUAGCAGUUGAAUUCCACUCGAAUGCUAUGCGGUCUUCAAAACAUGAAUUUAUAAGAACCAUAAGUGCUGGUAUUAUUCACUUCUCCCAUUACCAUGUAAAUCUUCUGAACUGCCUUUUUUUAAAAGAAGAGAAAAGAAGAAAAAUAAACAUA